AUGAAGCAAAGCUCUGUGUUCAGAAAUUCCAGGUGUUUUUAUGCACAAGCCUUGUCGUAUCAUCAUCACAAGAAUUCCGUUGUUUUGUUACUUAAUUUUGGUACUCCAUCCAUAAUUUCCUCUCGGGAUUUCUCUACUACUCUCUCACCCAAUGUAGAAGAAAGGGACAAGAGAUUUUCCCAUACCAUCUUGUUACCAAAGACUCCUUUCAAAACAAAAAUUUCUGUAGAGGAGGAAAUUAAUUUACAGAAAACAUGUACUGAAUAUGCAUAUCGGACCCAAAAAGAGCAACGAUUGAAUCAACCCAACAUCAAAACAUUUACUUUACAUGAUGGACCACCAUAUGCCAAUGGAAAUCUUCAUGCUGGACAUGCUCUCAACAAAAUUUUGAAAGAUGUCACUAACAGAUACAAGAUACAAACAGGUCACUUGGUUCAGUUCAUUCCAGGAUGGGAUUGUCAUGGUCUUCCAAUUGAGAUUAAAGUCCUUCAAGAAAUUAAAAAGAAGAAGAAAAUGGAAGUGAGCGGAAAUUCUGAUCCUUCCAUUAGAAAAUUGGCCAAAGAUUUUGCAGAACAAGCCAUUCAUUCACAAAUGAAAGAUUUCAAGCGUUGGGGUAUUAUGGGAGAUUGGGACAAUCCAUAUAAAACAAUGAAUCCCAUGUUUGAAGCUCAACAAUUGAGAAUUUUCUUGGACAUGCUUAAAAAGAAAUAUAUAUUUAGAGGAAAGAAGCCAGUGUUUUGGUCUCCUUCAAGCGGAACAGCUUUGGCUGAAUCUGAAUUAGAGUAUCCAGAUGUUCACAUUUCUAAAUCGUGCUACAUUUUAUUUCCAAUAGUUCAUUCAGGUGUAGAGACAAGUCUCAACGAGAAAUAUGGAGAACUUUUUGCAGUUGACAAUUCUAGAAGAUUAAUCAUUGCAUCCGAUUUGCUAAAAACUGUUUGUGAAAAAGCAAGUAUCAAGAAUUACCUUGUAUUGGAAGCAAAGAAGGGAAAGGAUCUCUUUAUGAACAAUCAUCAUGGCGAUGAUGACAAGACCAAACUAUCGUCUUAUCAAAACCCACUCACACUCAAACUGACAGACAACAAGAGGCUUCUUCCAUUUCUGAAUGGCUCUCAUGUCACUACCGAAGUAGGAACAGGAUUGGUACACACUGCACCCAAUCACGGUAUGGAAGAUUUUCAUGUCGUGAAGGAAAAUAACAUUCCCAUUGGUCCAUGCUUUGUGGACGAGCAAGGACGAUAUAACUCACAAACACCACUCGAAGAAUUGAGAGGUUUACCUGUUCUUGAUCAAGGUAAUAUUAAGGUCAUUCAAAUAUUUGAAGAAGAGUUAUCCAAAUAUUUACUAUUCAGAGAAGAUUACUCUCACCGAUAUCCCUAUGAUUGGAGAACCAAAAAACCUAUCAUUAUUCGAAUGACUGAACAAUGGUUUGCCGAGUUGAAAAAUCUGAAAUGUCUUGCCAAAGAAUUUGUUGAUGAGAAAAUUGAAAUGAUUCCAAGCACAGGAAGAAAUCGUUUGAAAGCAUUCAUCGAGUCGAGAGAUGAGUGGUGCAUUAGUAGACAAAGAACUUGGGGUGUUCCAAUACCUGUGUUUUAUAAGAAGGAUAAUCCAUCAGAAUAUCUUGCAACAAGUGAAAGUAUUGAAUAUGUCAUUGAUUUGAUUGAGAAACAUGGCACUGAUUAUUGGUUUGAACAGAAUGAAGAUGAAUUGUUGGCACCUCCCUAUAGAAAUCAAGGCUGGCAAAAAGGAUUGGAUACAUUGGACGUAUGGUUCGAUAGUGGUACGACUUGGUUUGGAGUGAUGAAGGCUGCAGGCAUUCCUCUACCGGUUGAUGUUUAUUUAGAAGGUUCGGAUCAGCAUCGUGGAUGGUUCCAAUCCUCUCUUUUAACAAGUUUGGCUUAUCAGGGUAUUCCUCCCUACAAGAAAAUUGUUACUCAUGGAUUCAUUACUGAUGAGAAUGGAAAAAAGAUGAGCAAGUCUUUGGGUAAUGUGAUUGAACCAGAAUCCAUAGUAAGCAAGUAUGGAAUUGAUGUAUUGAGAUUGUGGGUUUGCUUUAGCGAUUUUACAGUGGAUGUAACAAUAGGAAAAAGUGUUUUUGAGAAGCUUUCAACGAAUUUGAAGAAGAUUAGAAAUACAGCCAAAUUCAUGUUGGGAGUUUUAGAAGAUUAUGUACCACCUCCUCAAGAGAAUGGUCAACAGUGCUACUCCAAUUUAAUAGAAGCAGACUUGUAUAUUAUUGCAAGAGUGAAACAAUUUUGCGAGCAAGUGACUGAGUGCUAUGAAAAUUUCAGCUAUUAUAAGGUGACUCAACAUAUCAUGACGUUCACAUAUGAACUUUCUUCGUUUUAUUUAGAUCUCGUCAAGGAUCGAUUGUAUUGCUCGAGCGAGGAGGUGCGAAGACCAUGUCAACGAGUCAUUCAGUACAUUCUUGAUUGCUAUACCAAAGCUAUUUCUCCUAUUCUUUGCCACACAGCUGAGGAUAUUUAUCAAUGCAUGACCUAUAAGAAGCACAACAGUUUGUGUGAGGAGGGUUGGUUUGUUUCUCCUGAACAAUUCUUUUCAGACAUUUCACUUCCCAAUUCAGAACAUUUAUUAGAGAAAUGGAAUUUAAUUAUUGAACUACGACAAGAGAUUUACAAGGUCAUUGAAAAGGCAAGAAUGGAUAAAGUAUUUCGCACAAGUAAUGAGGUGAUGGUUAAUAUUGAAAGAGUGGAUUGUGAAAAAUUGAAAGAGGCCAUAGCACCUCUUCUCACACCUUGUGCAGUCAAUGAUCCAAUAGCCACACAACUGGAUGAGAUUAUGAUGGUGUCCCAAGUGAAUUGGCUGAAUGGAUCUACCUCUGAUAGUACGCUCUAUUCACACUCCUACAACACAAGCAUUGAUGGGACCCAAGUUGUUCUCUCUAUCUCAAAGGCCAACUAUCACAAAUGCCCUCGUUGUUGGCGCCAUACAAGUCCAGUUGAAAACGAGCCAUGCCAAAGAUGUCACAAUGUUUUAAGCACAAUCCCUCAAGCAUAA